UUUGCUGGGGCCAAGUGGGUGUGGAAAGACGACUCUACUCAGCUGUAUCGUAGGCCGAGUACAUCUCGACGCUGGGGAGAUAGUCACCAGGGCUAGGAGGAAGUCAGAUGUUGGAUAUAUGCCACAGGAUGUUGCGUUGUUCAGUACCAUGAGCAUCCUGGAGACAUUCCUCUACUAUGGCAGACUGUACGGGAUGAGCAGGAGAGAGGUGUACUCCAGGACAGAAGAGUUGAUACGACUCCUGGAGCUCAAAUCGGCGGGCACCAUCAUCGAUAAGCUGAGUGGCGGCCAGCAAAGGAGGGUUUCAUUUGCUAUCGCUCUCCUGCACGAUCCUGAUCUGCUGAUCCUGGAUGAACCGACCGUUGGCCUGGAUCCCGUCCUCAGCCACAGUAUAUGGGAACACUUGUUGAAGCUGACCAGUAAUGACAAGAAGAGUAUCAUCAUCACGACACACUAUAUAGAGGAAGCUAGGCAAGCUCACGUGGUAGGAUUGAUGCGCGGGGGAGUGCUGCUCGCAGAGGAGUCCCCUAACCAGUUGAUGGCGAGCUGUGGCUGCGACAGUCUGGAGCAGGCGUUCCUGGAGCUAAGUGCGCGCCAGCAGCAGACCAACGGCAGUGAGGAGGAUCUGGACCAGAAGGAAGUUUACCCAGAAAAACAGAAACCACCGCCAAGAUCGCCUCUACAUAACGGGGAUGUAUUUGCUACCACUCGGUUUAUCGCUCAACUCAUCAAGAACCUCUUCUUUAUGUGGAGGAAUAAGCCCAUGAUGCUGUUUCUGUUCGGUCUUCCCAUCCUGCAGUGCACCCUGUACAACUUGGCGAUAGGGCGGGACCCUAAGGGGUUGAAGCUGGCAGUGGUGAACCAGGAGUUGGAGCACGGACUCUCGGACUGUGUCCACAUACCCGCCACCGGCUGUCACCUCGACCUCCCCCUCAGCUGCAGAUACGUGGACCACAUACGGACGAAAACACUGUCCUUGGUGGAAGUAGAAAGUCUGGAGAAGGCGGAAGCGGUGGUUAGAGGAAACGGUGUCUGGGGUAUCAUCCAUUUCGGACACAACUACAGCGAGGCUCUGGUGCGCAGGAUAGAGGACUUCCAGGAUGCGGAAGAAGAUAUAAUAGAGGAUGCCAUGGUCAACGUCAAGCUGGACAUGUCUAACCAGUAUAUCGGGAACCUGCUGAGGACGGAUCUGCUGACGAGCUACGCGUCCUUCCUCAGAGAAGUGUUCCGCGACUGCCAAUGGCCUGAACAAGCCAUCGACAUACCCAUCAGGAUAGAAGAUCCCAUCUACGGGACGAGAAGACCGAGUUUUCUCCAUUUUGCUUCUCCUGCUGUCAUCAUUGUGUUCGAGUUUUAUCUACCAGUUAUGUUUACUGUCGGAGUUCUUCUGCAGGAGAAGAUGGCUGGCAUACUGGAGAGGAGUAUGGUUGCAGGUCUGACAGCUCUGGAAAUGGUGCUUGCUCACUCUCUUAUUCAGUUCAUGGUUCUGCUGGUGCAGACAGGAGCCAUGCUUUUCGUCAUGUACCAGGUGUUCGACAGCCCCUUCAUAGGUGACUUCUACUGGACUACAGGUCUGUUGCUGCUGCAAGGUCUCUGCGGAAUGUGUUACGGGUUCCUGGUGUCCAUCAUUGCUGACACAAUGUACACAGCUUCAUUUCUGGGCAUGGGCUCAUUCUUCCCCCUAUGUCUGACCAGCGGAAUGGUCUGGCCUCAGGAAGGGAUGCAUCCUGUGCUGCGAUCUGUUGGAUGGCUACUUCCUCUAUCCUUGUCCACAGAGUCUAUCCGCUCUCUGACGGCGCGUGGCUGGGGUAUCCGCCAUCAUUCGGUCUACUACGGCUACAUUUCGACCAUCGUCUGGAUAGCGGUGUUCCUUGCAGCCAUCACCAUGAUUAUCCGGAUCAAGAAGGGUAUCCGGACGAGCAAGUAGAGAUCGGCCGACCGUUACCAGCUGUCUGAGCGUCGGCCGACACAAUGUACACGUUCCCGUCGGCUGUUUAAACACCGGCUGUUCUUGUGAUCCAAAGUUAGGUCUUAUGAGACGUUGAGUUCAAGAGUCGACAAACAUCAGCCAUUAUCGUGUGGUACUUGGCACUGUAAGCUUUACUUGUGUCAUGUAUAGAGUCUUUGUAAAUAGGGUAUGUUACAUGCACUUUAGUAACUAGAAAUAAGCAUACAACCUGUAUUUAAUACUUAGCAAUGAGCUCUCUGGAUUUUCUCAGAAUAUCGUAAAAUAUUCCUUUUAGUUUUAAGUAAUAAAGCUCCCGAAAUAUGCAUAACUCCUUGGAGUUUUUACAUCUUUGCUUAAGAUCUCAUUUGUUUCGGAGCUUUUUUCUUAUAAAUGACGCAUUUAUUGUAAAUAACUUGAUGUGAAUAUCACAUAAUUUUGAUUUAUUGAUUACAACAUAUUUGUACUAAUUGAAUUUUAAAUUAAUAUAUGGGUUAUUAGAAAACACAUACAAAUAUUUUUGUAUCUUUCAAAGCAUAUCAAUUAGAAACAAGGUUGAUGAUAAAAUAAGUUGUUAAUAGUUCUUUUUAAUAAAAAAGAUCAUUGUUUCACUGUUCCAUGUGUAUGUUCUCAUUAAAAAAAUAUAUAUUUAUUAUAUAAAUACCAUUACUUAAAAUGUCUGCAACACAUAAACUUUUAAUCAAGUAUUGGUCGAUAUUAGCAGAUUUCUUAGUAGGUUAUACACUUGCUAUGGUAUACACAAAUAUUAAGAAAAUGCCAGAGUAACAUGAUAUUUACCAUCGUUACAUGUUUCAAGAUCUGCAAUAUAUCCUGUUUUUAAGGUAUCAGAAAAUUAAAGAAUAAGAUUAAUAAUGAAAAAUAUCAUAAUGGUGAAUCAUAUUAGUGUUUUAAAUCGUCGAUAUUUUUAAAUAAGAAAUACAUUUUGAAAAAGUACAGUGUAAAACUAUUUUCUUGCGUAUGGAAAUAUAUACAAUAAUAUAUAUUUCCAAAAUAUAUACAUAUUUAAUGUGUUCUAGGUACAAAAACAAAAAAAAUCAACUGCGUGGAUAUUUGUAGCUAAAAAUUCUAAUUUGAUGUUUACUUUAUUGGUAGAAAUCACAAUAAUAAUGCUGGUAAAAUAAGAAUAAGUGAAAUAACGUCAUGUUAAAAAAGUGUUUUAGCUUAGGUUUAAGCUUUUUUUUGGAUAACGUAUAUAGAAAAGCUUCGUCUAAAUGCUCAGAUGUAAUAAUCAUUAUUAGAAUGAUGCGAAGAAAAAUAUCUGCUUUGCUCAAUUGUAGGAACGAUUACUGUCGUAAUUUAUAAAAACAUUAAAAUUGUAAAUAUUAAUUGUUAAAGAGUUAGUUUUUAAGACCACUAUCGUUAAUAAUAAAAAUAAAGUUGAGUAUGGUUUGUUAA